UCCGGACCAAAGAAGAGAGAAAAAAACAUGUAGAGAUCAAUGUCAGAGAGGGAACUCAAAGAAAAAAAAAAGGAGAGAGAGAGAGAGAGAGAGGAAGAGUCAGUUUAUUUGAAAUUUAGACGCUCCAAUUCUUUAAUUCUGCUUCACCAAAUUCCACGAAAUUCAAAACCCAGCUUUAAAAACCUAGCCUUUCCAAUACCCAGAUCUCAAUUUCCUUCAGUUUGAUUAAAUUUGCCUCGUUUAAUUCAUUUCCCCUGUUUCUCGUUCAACCAGAGCAUCUUCUCUUAUAGUUCAAAAAAACUGAGCUUUUCAUUCAUCUUUCUUUGUUGUUAGUUUCGCAGCUAGCUAGCUUUGAUUCCUCUUUUGUUCUUAAAUUAUCUCUAAAUUCUCUAGAAUUUAUAUAUCCUCUGCCUUGUAUUUUUUUCCCAAACGCUCAAUUCCCAGACCAAAACCAAAUUUUACCUCUGUGUUUCGAUCCAGGAUUCUUGAAACUUUGACAAAGAGUCGAGCCAUGGGAGUCCAAAAAGAUGUAGUGAAAUUCAACGUAGGGGGCAGAAUCUUUCAAACGACGGCGACAACACUCGCAAACGCAGGCAGGGAUUCUUUUUUCGGUGCAUUGUUUGACGACAAUUGGGACUUACAACAACCACCAAACAACCGCCAAGAAUUCUUUAUCGACAGAAACCCCGACUGUUUCGCUGUCCUCCUCGAUCUCCUCCGAACAGGCGAUCUCUACAUUCCUUCCAAUGUCCCAGAAAGGCUUCUUUACAGAGAAGCCAUGUUUUACGGCUUAAUUGACCAUGUCCGUUCGGCCAAAUGGGGUCCAUUUGAUGGUAACAGGUUAAAGCUAUCCAGGUCAGUAACGGGACGAGCUCCAGGGGAUGGAACCGCCAUCCGAGCUGGUCCAGAUGGCGGCUGCUGCGUAGCUCAUGGUAGCAUGGUUCAUAUCUUUGAUUGGAUGUUAGAGGAACACCCGCCAAUCAAUCUUGACUACCAGAGAGUCAACGACAUAGGUUGGGUCAACUCGGAGCAUGUUUUGAUAAGUGCUUGCGAAAGGUUAGGGAAAGGAGAUGGUGGGAUGGGCUUGUUCAGUUCAUCAACUGGAGAUUUGAGAUACAAGUUCAACGUUGUUCAUGAUAAUCAAAUUAAGAGUUACACCGCUGGGGCUUUGAGUUUCAGUCCAGAUUAUAAGAUUUUUGCAAGUUGUAAAGGAAGAAGCAAUGAAUAUGGGAUUGGGGUUUGGGACCAAGUUACUGGUAAACAAAUGGAUUUCUUUUAUGAGAGUCCUUGCUGGUCCCUUGGUGAUGCUGAUAAGCUCCAAUGGUUGAAUGAGAGCAACUGUUUAUUAGUUGCCACGUUGUUUCCCAGGAAAGAUAACUGUUACAUCAGCUUACUUGAUUUUAGGGAGAAGAGAAUGGUUUGGUCUUGGUCUGAUAUUGGUGCUCCAUUUACUGUUGAUGAGAAGAGAGUGAGAGAUGCUAUUGCAAUGGAGGAAUGUAAUUCUGUCUGUGUAGUGAAUGAGUAUGAUGAUUUGGGGUUCAUAGAUUUAAGAAUCAAUGGAGGAAGUGUGAGAUGGAGUUCCAGAAGUAGGUUGCUCAAGGGGAAAAUGCCUGAUGAGCCUUGCUACCCCAAAUUGGCAUUGCAUAAUGGGCAGUUGUUUUCAUCAAUGAAUGACUCCAUCUCAGUGUUCUGUGGUCCUGAUUGGGUCCUAACAUCAAGGCUUCGAAGAAGUUACGGAGGUUCCAUCUGCGAUUUCUCCAUCGGGGGUGAUCGUCUCUUCGCGCUUCAUAGCGAGGAAAAUGUGUUUGAUGUAUGGGAAACUCCACCGCCACCGGUUAUAUGAUUCAACUCACGGUUGUAGCAGUCUUCUCUUUUUCAUUUUUUGUUAGUAAAAGAACAUAGUGGAUGAACUUACAAUUAAAACAAAAAAUCAUAUAGGUUAGGCAAAGAUUACAGCCUUAAAAGGCUCAUAUUUGAAGUCUUGUACUGUACAGAGUUUGCUUGCAUGCUGUUUCAAAGAAAUGAAAAUUGAUUGCUCAACGAUUAUACUUCACAAA